CGGUGAGUAUUACUGAGAAGUCAGGGAAGCACCAAGCAACAUCGAUCUCGCCCACUCCCCAUCCCCUUCUAGCCAUGUCCGCCCCCGACGUCCUGGUCACCGGCUCAGCCGGCCAUCUAGGCUGCGCUUUCAUGCUCUCGUUGCCUUCACUCGGCCACACGCCAAUCGGCAUCGACAUUCGUCCCUCCGAGACAACCACGCACGUAGGCUGCAUCACAAACCGCCCCUUCAUCGCCGCCCUCUUCACGCAAUAUCCCACCAUCAAGCACAUCCUACACGCCGCAACGCUACACAAGCCCCACGUAGGCUCGCACGCCAAAUCGGACUUCGUCAACGUCAACAUCGCGGGGACCUUAGUCCUCCUGGAGGAAUCCGCCAAGCUAGGGCCGCAAAUCGACUCGUUCGUCUUCAUCUCCACGACGUCCACGUUCGGGAAGGCACUGAGUCCCCGCGAGGCGUCCCCUGCAGCAUGGAUCGACGAGUCCGUGGUACCGGUGCCCAAGAACAUCUACGGCGUCACCAAAGUGGCGGCCGAGGACCUGUGUCGCCUCGUGCAGGCCCAGACGGGGAUGCCGGUGCUUGUGCUCCGUACCAGCCGGUUUUUCCCCGAGGCGGACGACGACGAGGACCGUCGUAGCUCUAUGGCGGAUGAGAAUCUCAAGGUCCUGGAGUUGGCGUAUAGACGGGUUGAUAUUGCUGAUGUGGUGUCCGCUUGCGUCUGUGCUAUGCAGCGGGCGAGGCAUAUCGGGUGGGGACGAUAUAUCGUGAGCUCGCCACCUCCCUUUCGAAAGGAGGAAGGGACGUUGCAGAGGUUGAAUGCCUCUGGGAAGGCGGGGGUUGUACUCCAAGAGGUUGUUCCGGGAAUAGCGGAGGCGUUGGGCAAAAAGGGGUGGAAGUUUCUUCAGCGGUUUGAUAGGGUGUAUGAUUCGACCAAGACGGUGGAAGAGUUGGGAUGGAGACCAACAUACACCAUUCAACAUGCGGUGGGAUGCAUUCUGGAGGGCAAGGAGUGGAGGAGCGAUCUGACAUUCAAGGUUGGGAAGAAGGGGUAUCAUAAUGUCCCAACGGGUGUAUAUACUGUGAGAUGAUGCACCAGGCAUCAAUCUCGGGACCCUCCUCUUCCCUUUACACUACAGUCGAGUAAAUGAACAUGGUGAGGUGUUGUCAAAGGGAAGUUUUAGUCUGCUUGAGUCUGUCUGACGAGGAAUAAUUUUAGGGGGGUCGACAACUUGGUGUGAGGCAUUGAUAGGCACAUGCAAGCAAUGUAAGCAAUAUAGUAGCACAGCGUGGAGCAAUAUAAUGAGAG